CAUUUCCACUCAUUUCCCCUUGCUUUUAUUUCCCUUUCUAUCAUUGUCUUUCUCUCCCUCUCCCCUGCUUGUUUUCUUUCCUUUUUAUGACUCUGCCCCCCUUUACAUGUUUCUCCACCCCCACCCCAUGCUCUUUGAUGCACUCUGCUCUGAAACAUUUUUCCCUCCUCUCUGUAGUCUUUUUAAUUUCUGCUUAUUCAGUCAGGGCCAUUUCAGUUGUUACACAGGGGCAAGCACAAAGGGAGGCAGCUCUGUUCCUGAGCAUGUGUCAUCUGUCAGCUUGUAUCUGUUUUGCCCAGAUUCGCAUUCAACUGGGAGACUGGUGAGUCUAGAAGGGAGAUUCCUUGCAUUCUUCAAUGGAAGGAGGCCUGGGAAAAUUCCAGAGGAUGAUACCAAUGUGUUCCGUGAAAGAGUGUGUAUGUGAUCCUCUUUGUCCUGGGAGAAGGUGCCUGGGCCCAGAGUUAUCUCCAUCCCCAUGAACUUCUGUUCUGAUGCAGCCGAUGGUCAGGCAGGAAUGCCCCUACGCUCUCCCACGAUGUCAUGAGUGGCACGCAGCAGACCUGUCAGAUCACAGCAGCACUGCUCACCCACAGUCUCAGGUUAAAGCUGUUCAAGAUGGUGCAGGACUGCCCAGCGUAACCCAGCAGACUCCACAGAGUGUUGUCAAGCUCCAGACUGCUCUGGAGAUGAAUCUGUGCUGGAACGAGAUCAAAAAGAAAUCCCACAGCCUUCGGGCUCGUCUAGAGGCCUUUUCAGACCACAGCGGGAAGCUGCAGCUCCCCCUGCAGGAAAUCAUCGACUGGCUCAGUCAGAAGGAUGAGGAGCUGUCAGCUCAGCUGCCGCUCCGAGGAGAUGUACUCCUGGUGCAGCAGGAGAAAGAGACUCACGCAGCUUUCAUGGAAGAGGUGAAGUCUCGGGGUCCCUAUAUUUAUUCAGUCCUGGAGUCAGCACAGGCCUUCCUUUCCCAGCAUCCGUUUGAAGAAUUAGAGGAACCAAAUUCUGAAAGCAAAGAUGUCUCACCCCGGCAUCGGAUCCAGAACAUCAGCCGCUUUGUGUGGAAGCAGGCAAAUGUGGCUAGUGAGCUGUGGGAGAAGCUCACUGCUCGUUGUGUGGACCAGCACCGUCACAUUGAACGGACCCUGGAACAACUGCUGGAGAUCAAGGGGGCCAUGGAGGAACUUAGCACCACACUGGACCAGGCAGAAAGUGUGCGGGAAACCUGGGAACCGAUUGGGGACCUCUUCAUUGAUUCCUUACCAGACCACAUCCAAGCAACCAAGCUGUUUAAGGAAGAGCUCUCCCCUAUGAAGGAUGGAGUGAAGCUAGUUAAUGACCUUGCACACCAGCUUGCUAUCUCUGAUGUUCAUCUAUCCAUGGAGAACUCUCGAGCCUUGGAGCAGAUCAACACCCGGUGGAAACAGCUUCAGACCUCUGUAAAUGAACGGCUGAAACAGCUCCAGGAUGCCCACCGGGACUUUGGACCAGGCUCCCAACACUUCCUGUCCUCCUCUGUCCAGAUCCCCUGGGAACGAGCAAUUUCACCCAACAAAGUGCCGUACUAUAUCAACCAUCAGGCUCAGACAACGUGCUGGGACCACCCCAAGAUGACAGAGUUGUACCAGACACUGGCUGAUUUGAACAACAUCAAGUUCUCUGCAUAUCGGACGGCCAUGAAGCUGCGCCGUGUCCAGAAGGCUCUGAGAUUGGACAUGGUGACUUUGGCCACAGCCUUGGAAAUCUUCAAUGAGCAUGAGCUGCAGCCCAGUGACCGGGUAAUGGACGUGGUUGAGGUCAUCCACUGCCUGACAGCUCUCUACGAGCGUCUGGAGGAAGAGAGGGGCAUCCUGGUCAAUGUUCCACUCUGCGUGGACAUGAGUCUCAACUGGCUCCUCAAUGUAUUUGAUAGUGGUCGCAGUGGGAAGAUGCGAGCUCUCUCCUUCAAGACUGGCGUUGCAUGUAUGUGUGGCACGGAGGUGAAGGAGAAAUUCCAGUACCUCUUCAGCCAGGUGGCAAACCCUGGUGGCUUGUGUGACCAGCGGCACCUUGGCAUCCUGCUGCAUGAGGCCAUCCAGGUUCCACGCCAGCUGGGAGAGGUGGCAGCGUUUGGAGGCAGCAAUGUGGAGCCUAGUGUCCGCAGCUGCUUCCGCUUUAGUAAUGGGAAACCCGUGAUAGAGGUCUCCCAGUUUCUGGAAUGGGCCAACCUGGAGCCACAGUCCAUGGUAUGGCUGGCUGUCCUGCACAGAGUGACCAUUGCUGAACAAGUGAAGCACCAGACAAAAUGUUCUGUCUGCAGGCAGUGUCCUAUCAAAGGCUUCAGAUAUCGAAGCCUGAAGCAGUUCAAUGUAGAUAUCUGUCAGACCUGCUUCCUGACAGGGCGAGCCAGCAAAGGGAAUAAGCUGCACUAUCCCAUCAUGGAGUACUAUACGCCGACUACGUCUAGUGAGAACAUGAGAGACUUUGCUACGACCCUAAAAAACAAGUUCCGGUCGAAGCAGUACUUCAGCAAGCACCCGCAGAGGGGAUACCUGCCUGUCCAGUCUGUGCUUGAAGCUGACUUCUCAGAGACACCAGCCUCCUCCCCGAUGCUACCACAUGCUGAUACCCACUCCCGGAUUGAGCACUUUGCCAGCAGGCUCGCGGAGAUGGAAAGUCAGAACUGUUCCUUCUUUAAUGACAGCUUGUCCCCAGAUGAUAGCCUGGAUGAGGAUCAGUACCUGUUGCGCCACUCCAGUCCAAUCACAGACAGAGAACCAGUGGGCAGCCAGCAGGCCAAGGACAGUGUCAACACCAAUGAUAAGGGGGAGCUGGAGAGAAUCCUGGCCCAUUUAGAGGAUGAAAACAGGAUCCUUCAAGGAGAGCUGAGGCGUUUGAAAUGGCAGCACGAAGAAGCAGCAGAGUCUCCAACCCUGGCAGAGGGAUCUCCUGAAUCAGUCCAAGAUCCACACAGUGACGAGCUCCUGGCUGAGGCAAGGAUCCUUCGGCAGCACAAGAGCCGUUUGGAGACCAGAAUGCAGAUCCUGGAGGAUCACAACAAGCAGCUGGAGUCCCAGCUGCACCGCCUGAGGGAGCUGCUACUGCAGCCACCAGCAGAGUCAGAUGGCAAUGGCUCUGCGGCCUCCUCUUUGGCUUCCUCUCCCCACCAGUCAGAGAGCAGUCAGCCCAAGGACAAGGAGCACAACACCCCUGACACUGAGGCUGCAGAUGAGGUAGAGCCCAAGACACAGGAUGUCAGUGUGUGUUUGGAGGACAUCAUGGAGAAACUAAGAAAUGCUUUCCCCAAUUCUCGAGGUAGUCGACUGAAAUCCCCUUCGCUGGCUUCAUAUUCCUUGCUAAAAUGAGUGUCAUCGUUCAGUAUCUUGCUUGGCUUAUGUGAAGCCCUAACCCUAAUCCAGCCAAUCCUGCAGCCAUACACUGCUGCCAGACUGCCAAAGUGCUGCUUAGACUCCUUGCUGUGCCAUAGAUCUCAGGGGGGGAAUACUCCCUGAUUGUGGAAGAGAUCCACAACUGCUGAGAACUGCAGCUGGUUCAGAUCUCUCCUAGGUGAAUCCAGCCAGACAAGGGAGCCUUCUAUGCUAAACAGACUGGUGCUCUGCUGGGUUUACAUGUCUCUUGAAGAUGAACAUGCAUGACCCCAUCAGGUUCCCAGUGUCUUAGUCUCCCUUAUCAGCUCCUUUAUCCAUCCCAGCCCAGAGCACAGUGCUUCUGCUUCCUGAGUGGGCUUAGGUCAGAUGGUUUGGCCUAGCUGACAAAAUUCCUCUAGGUCUCCUAGAGCAGAGGUUCCCAAACUUUUUUUUCUUUUUGCAUAGCCUUUUCCAGAUUUACUAGCUGCCCGCAUACCCCUACCAGGAUACAUUUUAUGUUUUAACCCCUUAAAUGCCAAUUAUAAUGAAAAUUAAAUCCAUCAUUAUACAGUUUCUCUUGUGUACCCCCAGAGAUGUCUUGCAUACCCCCAGGGGUACGCAUACCACAGUUUGGGAACCCCUGUCUUAGAGGCUCCCACAGCCUGUGCUCCACUGAGAAUAUUUGAUAGCUAGUGCUAAUCUGAAUGGCCUACACUCUUCUCACAGCACCUGCUUUGCCCUCUGCUAGGGGUUGGCACUUAACACAUCUAAUCCUAGGCUGCUGCUGCAGCAAUGUAUCGGGUAAUCCUUUGAGUACACAUGGCUCUUCCUCUUAUAUAUGUGCUUGUUCGGGGUCUGCAUUUCCUCAGGUGAGCCUCCUUCCAUGUCCCACCACAAAAUACAUUGUGCUGACGGUGGAGCAGGGAACUCAUUCAGGUUAAGAACACUACACUGUGGUAAUGAGAAAUGCUUCCUUCAAGGCUCUCCUGACCCUGACCUGUACCUUCUGCAUAGGUCAUUAGCAUUCUAGCACUAACCAGGUCACUCCCCAGUUUCAUCUUACAUGACCUGUUGGUUUUUCUUUCAGGUAUGACCUCCCUUAUCUAACAUCUCCCACGAGUAAGAGGCUUUGUCUAACCAGCUGCUUGGCUGCUCUCCUCUCCCUACUCAUGCCAUUGUGCUCCCCUGUGGCAGGCUUCACUUGGACCCUCCUUAGGGCACCCCACUGGAAGGUCAUCCAUGAUGCUCACCAACUUCAGAAGAUCUCAGGGGAAUACUCAUUGACCACAUGGGAAUGUGACUGCAGGCUCUUUGGAGCUGUCCUGAGGGUCAGCCAGCCCUGACCUAAUGCUCUGGGGGCUGGAUUUAAGGAACUCUCUAAAGGAGGCAGAGAAAAGCAGGGACUGAAUGCAACGCUAAGAUGGUGUUGAGCAUGGUGUAUAGGCUCCUUCUGUUUACUGGUCACAAACUCUCACCCUGCUUGUGAGUCAGGAAAGGAUGAUGCCUGUAGCAGAUGGCAAAGCCCAGCCCUGCCUCACCUUCUUCAGCUAAGUGGGUCUGCUUCCAGUUCCAGUGGGGUACCAGUCUCCAGACACUCCCACAGCCACUGAACACUCAUUGACCACAAAGGAUCUUUUUUUAAAACUCAGUUUUUAACCAUGCAAGGCUGCCAGUCUCAGGAACUGAGCUCUCUCCAAUGGCCUGGUACCCCAGUGUCUCCCACUACUUUCAGAGGUACCACCCCAAUAGGAACAGCACUGGGGAGAACAGGGGGGUGGGUGGGAGGAGUCAAUAUUACAGCUUCAGCCCAGCUAAGUAGCCUUAUCUCAAGAGAAGCUUUAUAACAGAGCACCUUAUCAUUUAAUUUGCAUAUAUAUAUAUAUUUUAUAUAUAUAUAUUCUGUACUCAAAUACUAUCGUGGACUCACUCACACAUUAAAUUCUAAUACCUUGUGAAGUGUUAAUUUGCGCCUUGCUGUUUUGGUCUGGACCAACAUUUGCUUCUGUGGGGACAGGCACCUUGUGCGCUAUCUCAUACUCUCCCAGCUCCCUGUCAAGAUGCCCAGGUUGUGCUGCCUCUGGAGCAGAAACUCUUGUGGCACCAGACUAGUGGCACUGGUCUGUUGAUCCAGGACUUGCUUCUGUGAGCUGUGUUUGCUUAUUGUAACACGCAGGCCUAUUCUACAACUUCCCCCUAUCCCUUCCAUGAGGGAGAUUAGGCUAAGUGGAACAGGCAGCCCUGCUUCCAUCAGAGGACUUCCAGCAGGCUGAGGGAUGUGACAGCAGGUUCCUUGUGUUUAUCUCCCUGUUGGCAUUUGAAAUUUCUGGCCCUCUAGUAUUGUUGUGGCUGUUAGCAGUUCCACAUCCACUGUAUCUAGCAAGGACUCCUCUGCUUCUCUGGCUGAUAGGUAAGAGUCUACAACUGACAGCUCCUUUUCCGCCAGGGGUUAAAAGAGAGAUGGGAGGACUAUAAGUGCCAUUGAACCCUUGUGGUCAUCAUGGCAUUGGGUCAUCCCUUAUAUAGUGAGGUGUAUUUUGAUGUUAUCUUAGAGAACGGAGAUGGAACUGAACUCUGAUGACCUCCACCGUACUUCUAAAAUCUUGCCUCCUGUCACUGGACUUUGGAACCAUAGAUCAUUUGCUAUAAUCCAGGGAUCUCUUUCUUAAGUGAGGGAAGUAUUUGGUACCAGGGUGGAGUGCAAAAGUUUUGCAAGCAUGCAAGAUUCCCUGGUGUCUUGUAGUGUAGCAGCAAGUUAUCCAAGAAGGAUACCUUGGAAGCUCUUGGAUCUAGAAGGUUCUGCAAGCUGUUUGUGUAGGGAAAAGUGUUAUGUCUGAGAAGGCUGUGGAGUUCAGGUGCUGAGAAGUAUUCUGCAGUGGGAACAAGUUGGGAAAGGAGUGAAAUGUUCUCUCUUUAUUGCUCUAAUGGAGGUUGUAGGCUGUGAAGCAAUAAGAUUGAAUUGUUUUAGCCAGAUGAAAAGGUUUGUGAAGACCAGGGUAGAAUGUUGUAUGUAGGCUGUGUUAGGGCUGCUGUUUCUCCAAAAAGUUAUGUCACAAGGCAUUUCUAACAGAAUUCCAUGGCCAAAAUGGUGUAGAUCAUGGAGACCUUGCAUGACUCUUGGACUUGUGUUUGGAAAAGUUCUGGCUUUUGCUGGUGUUUGACCUUGUGUAGCAAAGGUGCUGUAGAUGACAUUAGGAUUGCCAAAGUAUGGUGCAGACUAGUAGACUUCCUUUACUGUGGUGCAUCGAAGGCACUGUUAUGUUCACUUUGAAGUAGUGUGCUGUGUGUAGGAAGGUCUUUGUUCACUUAAGUUUGAUGUGUUGUGUAGUAGAGGUGUAAUGCUGUGGGUAUUGUUUGGUGCCAUGUGUUGUGGAUUAUGUGGUAUAUGGCUUUUUGUAGUGCAGUGGAGUUGCAGUGACUUGUGCUGAUAUUGUGCACUGACAGUCUUGUGGAUUUUUGGUCUCCAUUAGUAGCACCGUGGCUUGCUCUUCUAUGUUGCUCCCUGGAAGAACUGUAGGUUGUUAGGAUUGCUGUAGCACGUUUUGUAUUAGAGGGGGGGUGGAUUCUGGUAUUGGCCUUGCUGUAGCAUGUUUAUAUUUAGCUUAUUGCUGUGUAUUGAGUGGCAAAAUGUGCUGGACUGUCUUGUACUAGGCCAGCUUCAGAGGGUUGUGUGGUGUGCUAACAUGGCUGUUGCAGGGAGUUAAAGGCUUUUUUGUCACUCCUAACACAUGGUGCAUUUGUGAAGGGCUGUGCAGACGUGUUCCCCGCCAAAAACAUUUUGAGCAGCAGCCCAAGAGCACUUCCUGCCUGGGGAUGCCUCCAUGUAGCCAAGGACCACAGUUUGCUUCAGAGACAACCUGGUGGUUGCUUGGGAACCACUGCAGAAAGCUUGGGCAGGGGAGAUACUGCUGCAGGCUGUGAAGAAUGCUCCUCUGAGCUCUGCACUUCCAGAGGCCUGAGAUAUGCUCACACCCUGCUGAUUGGUCUCUAUCUCCUGGGAGCCCUGAACCGAGUGGUUGCUGCUUACUGAGGGGGAGCUGCAUUGUGCCCUUACAAAGCUCUAGUCAACCAGUGCCUGCAGAAGAAACAGGCUGUGCUUCAUCUAGACAGGGAUGGAGGAGGACAUUUUCCAUGUUGCCUCCUUCGCCUGGCUCAGGCACUAGGCAAGAGAAGCAAGUGCAGAACCAGGGCUGCUCCCCUGUGUUCUGUCUGCUGGGAGAGCACAAAUCUCAGAGCCCUAGAGCACUGAAAGCAGACCAGGGCAUGAGGAUCCCCACAGGGUCCUUUGGCUCUCUAAGCUGUGGAGGUCCAGGCUGAGUGGCCUGCUGAAUUGGAAUCACCCCGUUGUGGGGAGCUGGCUGGGCUGGGAGAUGUUUCUGUCUGUUGGAAAGUGCUAACAGGCCUAUUUGUUGUUCUGAGAGGAGAAAGGCAGAUCUGAAUGAGAUGCUGGCUGGAGGUGGCCCUGGUGUGGAGCUGCAGAAGGAAAAAGGGCAAAAAUACCUCCAAAAAUGGGUUAGCAGCUUCCGCUGUGACCUCCCUCCUCAGGAUGUGAGCAAGAGCUCGAAGUAAGACAGCACUAGCAUGUGCAGGAGCUGAGCUCCACAGUGAGUUUCUUUAUUGUUCCACUGAGCAAGUUGGUGCCUAGACAGUGAAGUAAAACUGGUGUGAGGGGCUGGCAUGCUCUGCCCAGCAGUGCUUCCUGUGGCUUUACUAAAGCACUGCCACCUGGUACUUGCUGCUUUGGCCCCAGGCACUCCCUGCACUCUGCCGUCUAUCCAUCCCACUCAGGGCAUUCCGCCCCCUCAAACCUGCCCUGUGUCAUCCAGGGACUCUUAAUUCCCUUCUGCCAAACCCGUAUUUGGUUCCCCACUUUCAAACGUUUUCUCCUUGCUGUGAGUGCGAGUCUAGGCCCUGAUGCAGACUUCCUGCUGGAUAAAGGUAACAGCAGGGGACUCACUAUAAAGUCACUGUUUAAAGUUGAUAGACUCCAAUUUUCUGCCCAUCUGGAGCUUCCUCCUUCUGCCCCUCAGAGUCUUUCUCUCAUCCUCUACUGGAAGGGCAGCAGUAGAGGAUCAGAGAUCUCUGUCCCUCCGCAAGCCCUGUGCCUGCGUAAAGGGUUGACCUAGACUGGCUAUGCCUUCCUCUGGGACACUCCAGCACAUGCAGAGUUGUGCUGUGCAUGAGCAAAGUCAGGAUUUCUGUUAUUGCACUGGGAUGGAGCUGGGAGGGGAACAAAGUGGCUAACACUAGAGUUACCAUUUGUUUGGUUCUGUCCUCACUGGCUUCUCCAUUUCUGCUCUGGAAAGAGAAUAAAUUUGUAUUUCUAUUGA